GACUUCCUACUCAACUGAACUGACACGCAUUCACCGGCUGUUUUGUUCGUGUCCUCCCACCCCUGGCGCUGGUUUAUGAUCGGCGUUUUGCUCGGUAACGUGUCUCAGAGGGCUCAGAGCUUGUUGUACCGGGUGUCGCUGACGAUGAAGCCGCAGGUUGUGUUCGUGCUGGGCGGGCCGGGAGCCGGGAAAGGGACCCAAUGCUCCAAGAUCGUGGAGAAUUACAGCUACACCCAUUUGUCGGCCGGGGACUUGCUGAGGGCAGAGCGAGCCCGAGAGGGGUCGGAGUCUGGACAGCUCAUUGACAACUACAUCAAGGAGGGCAAAAUUGUCCCAGUGGAGAUCACCAUCAACUUACUCAAGAAGGCAAUGGAAGAGACCAUGCAGAAGGACGAUAAAAAGUUCCGUUUCCUCAUAGACGGUUUCCCCCGCAACGAGGACAACCUUACGGGGUGGAACACUGUCAUGGACGGCAAAGCAGAUGUCAAAUUUGUGCUUUUCUUUGACUGCAGCAAUGAGGUUUGCAUCGACCGAUGUCUAGAAAGAGGGAAGAGCAGUGGACGCACAGAUGACAACAGAGAAAGCUUGGAGAAAAGAAUCCAAACCUACCUGCAGUCUACUCGACCAAUCAUUGACCUGUAUGAGAAACUCGGCAAGGUGCGCACUGUAGACGCCUCUCGCUCUCUGGAUAAGGUGUUUGCUGAUGUGAAAGCCGUCCUAGACAAAGAGGGUUGAGUUCCCCCGCUGCCAACUACAUUUAUGUACUUUUUUAGUUUUCUUUGUAUCAUCUGCUAGUACUAUAAUAAGUUUAUAUGUCCAUUCAUAUGACUUUUUACUUUUGGUUACAUGUUUUUGUUUUCCAUCUGUUUUGUAAAAAUGCUGCACUGUGCAAUAUAUAUUGGUAUGAAAGAGAAGUAGAGUUGCUGAGCAGCUAGUUAUGAUCAACUAGUCCACGCUCAGAAGAGCAUGCUCAUCAUAGUUUGAGGCCUUUGAAUAGGAACCAAGUGUAUCAUCAGCUUAGAUGGACACUUUUUUGUCAAUCAAAGAUGCAUCUAGUAGUGGAAGUCUCUACAAAAAUGUUAUCCUCAGAGUAUCAUGUCAUUGGAAGCAGCCAUAAUGCUUCAGACCAAAUAGUUUGACCUGAGGACGACGGACUGGGAUUGAUUUAAGGCUGACAGAACAUCCAAGUAAAAUACAUGAAACAUCUGACUUAUGUUCAAUGAGCAGUACUGAAGGAGGAGGUGCUUUUUUUGCCAUGUAGACUUAACAUGAAGGUUUGUUAAAUCUGUACUGUAUCUGCUUAAAGAAAAAGUAAAAAAAUACUUUCCCCCCC